AUCUGCUGUUUAGUAAUUAUAGAAGGCGGUCCAUAUAUCUGUCUUAUAUAUACAUAUGCUAGGGUUGCAAUCAGACAGUCAUAGAAUUAUCAGUUGUGAUAGUCAUGGAGAUUUUGAUGAAAAGAUUCGUGAUAACAACAAUGGUUGUUACUGUUUCAUUGCUGGUGAUAGGUUGUGAUGCAAAAAGACACACUGUUGGAGGGACAGAAUAUAAUGGUUGGGCACCAAACAAAAUGAACUAUACUUCAGAUUGGGCUAGCCAUGAACAAUUCUAUGUUGGCGAUUGGCUCUAUUGGACAUAUGAUGAACCAAGGCAAAACAGGCAGUUGUUUAGCGUGUUUGAAGUGAACAAGACAGAUUAUGAAUCAUGUUCAACAGAUCAUACUCUUUACAAUAUAUCUAGAGGAGGAGGACGCGAUGUGUACCAACUUAAUUAUUCCAGACCCUAUUACUUCAUCAGUGGCGGAGGUUUUUGUUGGCAAGGUAUGAAGCUCACAGUUUUUGUCCAAGAACUACCACCAGCGCCGUCAGAAGCACCAUCCAAUGGAUCCCCUUUUUCGGCAAGUUUUCCUGGCAUAUUGACGAUUGCUGGAGCAGCAGCACUGGUAUUGUUGAAGCUUGGUGUUCAUCCAGAUUGUUAAUUUUGGAUAAUUUCAAACCGAUUUCGUAAACAUGCAUUCUUGUUAUGUUGUGGUGCUAUGUUAUCCAUGGAUUAUUAGAAUACAAACUUAUAUAUACAAUUAGUUUAUCUUUUGAUUCA